AUGUGUCCACUAGAUAGCCACAUUACUUGCACUAAUGGCACUGUCACUGCAAGAUCUUCCUCCGCAGCCAUGGUUCAAGGGCAGCUAACACUCCAGGCCCUACCAGAUAUGUUGUUUGUGGACAAUGGUGGAGUCCAUGGAGUGGAGCUGGGGACUGUUGUUAGAGCUCGCUGCACUGCCAGCAGCAGCAGCUCAGCUCCCCUCCUGACCUGGUUCAAGGAUGGCGGCAUUCUAGCCAGUGAUGCUCCUCACAUCAGGAUACGGAGCAGCUCUAGUGGUAGCGAGGUGUCUUCAGUUCUCACCGUCGACAACUUUGACAGUGGAGAUAAUGGAGACUACUACUGUGAGGCCAGCAAUGAUACUGACACUCUAGCCAGCACCACACUCAGUCUCUCAGUUGAUUUGGAAACAGUUGGACUGAGCAACACUUUGAAGUCUUACGACACAGUUCGUGAUAAUCGGUCAUCAUUCACAAUAGGAGAUGACUUUGAGCCAAAUCAGUUUACAGAUUCGUGCUGUCAAGUGCUUAGGUGUAUAGCUGGAAUCCCAGGAGACCAAACACAAGCAACAAACAUUAGCCAACUGACAGUGACAUGGCUGAGGAAUGAAGAGGAGGUAGUUCACUCAGCUGGUCAAACAGAGAUAACGAUUGACCUGAGAUAUCUGUCAGCACCGGAUGAGACUAGAUAUGUAUCUCAGCUUCGUCUGCUCCCAUUUGAGACUUCAGACAUUGGAGUCUAUCAGUGUGUGUACUCAGACUUUGACUCUGAUAGGGAGCUGGUGUACAGCACUCCGUUCAGCCUUGACACUGAUAACAGUUCGGAGGUUAUGCUCGAGGCAGUGUCUCCAACAGACAUUAUUCUGGAUCCUCCUGAGAAGCUGGUGAUUGAAGUGGAGUCAUCUGGAGGAUACUACCGCCAUGCCUGCUCCACUUCCUUCACACAACUGACUCUGUUGAGGACCAUGACGGCCAAUGUUCCUAGUGCAGGGACCUUCUCCUUCACAGAGGCAAUACCACGUCCACACUCACACAUUCUGCUGCUCAGUAUCCCACACACAGUGGUACCUACACCUGCUCCUCGCACCAAUGACACCACAAAUAUCACCGAUACCAUCGUGGUUGAAGUUCGAGACCUCAGUGGCUCUGCUAACAUCACCAUAGAGGAAGGAGUUGGACCGUCAGUCAGUAUAGCUAAUAUUGAGACAGCGGUUGCUGGAGAUGACGUCACUCUCAACUGUACUGCUACUGGAGACACUCCACUGGUGUACCAGUGGACCAUAGAGGGCAGUACAACUGUCCUCAACUCUGACAACACCACUGGAACUUUGGAACUGGCAGACAUUCAAGAGAAUCAGUUUGGGACAUAUGUAUGUACAGUGACCAAUGAUCUGGGGAUGGCUACAAGUGAAGUGAUUCUCGAACAAGCAGUGGCUCCAACUGCUGGCAACAACACAACACUCACAUUCAGUGUUGGAGAUGAUCUAGUUUUGAUGGCAGUGUUUUCAGACUUCAAUCUGGAGCUGGAUAGUAUAGUAUGGACCCAGAAUUCCUCCAUAUCACUGAUGGAUGGAGUCACCAUAUCAAACACUGCUCUGAGUCCACCAAGUGCUAGCUCCACACUGACCAGACCUGGCAUCACUGGAGUCUCCUACGGAGGAAAAUACACUGCCACUGCCAGCAACAGGGCUGGAUCUAGUUCAACUACGUUCACUGUCCAUAUUAUUAUUAUGCGGGUACAAUUUCAACUUCGACUUGUGGGUUUGUCUGACUGCUUGCAAUGGAGAGAGAUACAACCAAAUGAAAAGAAGGAAGCAGUGAUCACAGGUGUAACAAGAGCAGUGAAUGAGCUCUGUCAGUGUGACUUUUCCCGUGACUCAUUCAAUGAAAUUGAUGUCACAGCUGGUUUUCAGUGUUUUGAGGCUUCUCCCACUGCAGUUACCUUUCGUGCUGAGAUAAUGGAUAUCGCAAAAGCCAACACCUCACAGCUGAUAGGCUACAUCGAGCAGUGGGUGACCUCUCGGCCUACUAUUGUGGUUCUCGGAUCAAGACUAAGUAUUGAUAGCGACUGUGAGAUUGAGAUUGACAGCUUCAGUGAGCCUGAGUGUUUGGAUACAGAUCGUGAGACUCCUCCAGAGAGAGUUGAUGGUAGCAGGAUUGGGAACCACAGAAAAGCAUCUUACAAAGUUGAAUCUGACUCUGUCUAUGAGACUAUACCUGACUUUCCUCCGAUUGUUGCAAUGGAAUUGACCAAUAUUUCUGCAUCCCGACAUCUGCCUGGCAGCCAAAUCAGCCCUACUUCCAUUCCGACAGAGGAGAAUCCGUCUUAUGCUAUUCACAUUGGUACACAGGAUAAUCCAGCCUACAUUACACAGAGGGGCACAGUGGACGAUCCAACCUAUGAUAAUUAACCCAUAAUCCAAGAAACGUUAACACAGGUGCACAGCCAUCUACAGCUUAAUUAGAUAUAUACAGCCACAGAACCACUGUAAACACUUUAAUGAUAGCACUGAGGCAUGCUCCUCGGCUGCAGUUAAAUUAUACAGGUGGGAAAAUAAUUAUAAUGGAGGAUGUAGGGAUGUCACAUCAUGAAAAACAAAGGAAUGUAAAAG